AGUAUUUACAUUAUGCCAGUUGUAAACCAGCGAUGAUAUCCAGCGCUACUGUCCUACUAUACUGGCAUAAUGUAAACCAGGCAUAAAGUAUAGUAACUGGCAUUUACUCUUUUGUUUCACGUUUCAAAACAAGCGCAGUGUAAUUAGUUGUUUAUAAUUCCUUUCAUUACAGGCGUUAAGUGUUUUACUAUGGUGGAAGUCAGUAAGCAUCUCUUCGACGAGAAGUGCAGAGAUGUCAGCUGUCAGUUACUGUUGCACCCGUGGCAUUCGAGUUGCUUAAUGUCAACACUACCGGCGUAUAAGCAUUCAUUUUUGGGCAGCGCUAAAUUUUAUUUGAUUGUACAUCUAGUACAAAACGUGUUGCGUGGUAGAAAAGUAUUAAAGAAGAAGGAAUUGAUACAAAUGGGCGAAUAUUAUAUGAGAUCGACUAUUCUAGGCGGACUGAUCUCAGGCAGUUGUGUUACAUUCGGUUGUUUAUUUAGGUGGCUUUUAGGUAAAAAAAUGAAUUACUACACGUAUAUGUUUUUACCAAAUGUAAUAAAUGGAGUGUGCAUAUUGCUGGAGCCGCCGAGUAGAAGAGGACUGAUUAUUAAUUUGUUUUCUAACUUAACAAUCGAGUUCAUGUUAAGGAGCUGGGAAAAAUCUGGUCAUUUAUCGCUAACCACAACAAAGAAAACUUUAAUGUUCAUGGUGGGUAGUGCUGUCCUGUUCUAUUUAAUGCGAUUAGAAGGAGAUAAAGCUACUAGAACACCACUAUUGUGGUUAUUUACUCCUGAAAAAGUAAAACGGAAAACAGACAAUUCAAAUACGAUAUGCCCACACGAAGAUGAUUGUUGGAAAUACAUGUUGAAGGGUACAGCGACAUAUUUCGGAAUCGGCGCCGCCGUAAGCCUGGCUCAAGUUAUUUUACCAAAAAUUACAUCCCCUUUAAAAGCGCUGUCCUCAAUCCGCGGAUCACAUUUUAAAUUGGCACUUUUCUUUGGAAGUUAUAUUGGUAUUUAUAGAUCUGUGAUAUGUUACUUGUGUCGAAAGCGGAAGGUAGACUCAGCCCUGUACGCUUUGCCGGCCGGGUACCUCGCUGGCUUGUCUUUCAUAUUUAAACCGAGCCUAGGUUUUGCAAUAGCCUCUUUGACUGGAGCUUUCAAGUUAUAUUCAACGAUACUUUAUGAGAAGAAGAUAUUACCGGAGAACAUUCCAAUGACUGUCAUAUUGUAUUGUCUUUGUCAAGGAACACUCUUCCAUGCUCGCUUCAUGCACCCCGAUGUGUGUCCGAGUUAUGUUUUUAAACUUAUGAAAUCAGUCAGUAAUGGCACAUCAGAACAAAUAUAUUCAAACUUUUUGGAGAUCCUCAAGAGCCAAACAUAAUUUGUUUUACAUUGUUUAUAUUUUUUAUGGUGUGGUA